GUGUGGUUGCCGAUUUUGGUCCUUGCAGCCAUGAUGACUCCCAUCGCUAAAUCCUUUUAUGAUCUAAAAGCCACUGACCUCCAAGGGGAGAAAGUGGAUUUCAACAAUUUUAGAGGAAGGGUGGUCCUGAUUGAGAAUGUGGCCUCCCUCUGAGGCACGACGGUGAGGGACUACACCCAGAUGAACCAGCUGCAGAGCAAAUAUCCUCGGCGGCUGGUUGUCCUGGGUUUCCCUUGCAACCAGUUUGGCUACCAGGAGAACUGUACCAAUGAUGAGAUCCUCAACAGCCUGAAACAUGUGCGGCCUGGCUCAGGCUUUGAACCCAACUUCACUCUUUGCCAGAAAUGUGAGGUGAACGGCAAGAACACCCACUCUGUCUUUGCAUAUCUGAAGGACAAGCUCCCUUACCCAGAUGACAACCCCUCCUGCCUCAUGAUGGAGCCCAAAUUCAUCUUAUGGAGCCCUGUGAGUCGUAACGACAUUUCCUGGAACUUUGAGAAGUUCCUGGUGGGACCUGAAGGAGAGCCAUUCAAGCGCUACAGCCCGCGAUUCCUCACCACCAACAUUGAGCCUGACAUACAGCGCCUCCUGAAGCUUGCCAAAUAAGCC